AUGGACAUCAGCGUCGUGCCAGAAGGCAACGCGGUAACCGUCGCUGUGGAAACAUCGCAACUGGCGGUCCAGCUCUCGUCCACGGAUCGCGUGGCGAGGGCAGCAAUUUUGUGUUGCCCCAAUGUCUGGUUCUCUGCCCCUUCUGUCCAGAGUGACAUGAAGCUAUGGCCUGUCAAGGUCAUUCCAGGACCCGGUGACAAGUCUAUGAUUACUAUCACACACAAGGGCGAAGAAAAACAGUUCGCUGCUAAAGAAAUUUCCUCCAUGGUUCUCAUUAAGAUGCAUGAGAUCGCGAAGGCCUAUCUGGGUUCAUCUGUGAAGAAUGUCGUUGUUACUAUUCCGGCUUACUUCAAUGACUCUCAAAAGAAGACACAGUGA